GUGGGCUUCGGUAGCAGCGGCCAUGGCGGCGGCGACCGCGGCUCGAGGGGUCGCAGCCAAGGUGGGAUUGCGUGAAAUUCGCAUCCACCUAUGUCAGCGCUCGCCCGGCAGCCAGGGCGUCAGAGACUUCAUCGAGAAACGGUACGUGGAGCUGAAGAAGGCCAACCCCGAGCUGCCCAUCCUGAUCCGUGAGUGCUCCGACGUGCAGCCCAAGCUGUGGGCCCGUUACGCAUUUGGCCAAGAGAAGAAUGUCUCUCUGAAUAACUUGAGUGCUGAUCAGGUAACCAGAGCCGUGGAGAAUGUUCUAAGUGGAAAAGCCUGAAAUGCAGCUGUGGAAUCAGAGCCCCGCCACUUGGGUUCUAUGAGACUGAGUACAAUGUGGAAACUGUGUUCUGUAUAAAGUCCGUGCUGUGAAACGCUG